AUGUCUCACACACUCUUUCUUUCAUAUAUUAUAACGUUCUUAUUGUUAAUUGGAACAACACUUUCCUUUGAUAUACAGUCCAAUACAAAUGUUGUUGCUUAUUGGGGUCAAGGUUCUGGUCAAGGAACUUUAGCUUCUUAUUGUACUACCAACGAAGUAGAUAUUAUCGUCUUAUCAUUUUUGAAUGGGUUUCCAACUCUUGAAUUAAAUUUUGGUAACCAAUGUUCAGAUACUUUUUCCGAUGGUUUAUUACACUGUUCUCAAAUAGGACAAGAUAUACAAACUUGUCAACAAGCCGGUGUUAAAGUUUUACUUUCUCUUGGUGGAGCAGUUGGAACUUAUGGAUUCUCUUCUGAUUCACAAGCUCAAGAUUUUGCUUCUGUGUUAUGGAAUAAAUUUGGUGCUGGAACUUCAGAUUCAGAAAGACCUUUUGAUAGUGCCGUCGUUGAUGGUUUUGAUUUCGAUAUUGAAAAUGACAAUCAAACCGGUUACGUUGCACUUGUUAAUCAAUUAAGAACCUUCUUUGGCACAGAUACUUCCAAGACAUAUUAUAUUUCAGCUGCUCCUCAAUGUCCAUACCCAGAUCAAUCAGUUGGAGAUUUAUUAUCCCAAGCCGAUGUUGAUUUUGCUUUCAUUCAAUUCUAUAACAACUAUUGCUCUUUAUCUGGUGGUCAAUUUAACUGGAAUACCUGGGAAAAUUUUGCUUUAACUGUUUCUCCAAAUAAGGAUAUAAAAUUAUUUGUGGGAUUACCAGGUUCUGUUCUGUCAGCUGGAUCUGGUUAUGUCGAUAUCAGUACUGUAUCAUCAACUAUCAGUACCAUUAUUUCAGAUCCAGCAUUUGGAGGGAUUUCAAUCUGGGAUGUGUCUACAGCAUCCUCAAAU